AUGACAGAGCUCAUUGAGGAGAAGAACGUGGACGUCCACCCCACCACGCAGCCCCAAGCCACUGAGAACCCCAGCAGCGGCAACAGCAGCGACAGCAGCAUCGCCGAACAUGCAGGCGUCAACGAAAAGGCGCUGCUCCGCAAACUGGAUUACCGACUUCUGCCCCCGUUGACAAUCUUGUACCUGCUGUCGUUUCUCGAUCGGAGCAAUGUGGGAAAUGCCCGGCUGGAAGGCAUGGGCACCGAUCUCGACAUGUCAGGAGACCAGUACCUCACCGGCCUGACGCUCUACUUCAUCGGCUACGUGCUGUUCGAGGUGCCGUGUAACAUCAUCCUGAAGAAGACCACCCCGCGGACCUGGCUGCCGACGCUCACGCUGGUCUGGGGCGUUGUCGCGACGCUCUGCGGCGUGGUGCAGAACUACGCGGGGUUUCUGGUGUCGCGAUUGGCCCUCGGAAUCGCCGAAAGCGGCCUCUUUCCCGGCGUAGUCUUCUAUCUGAGCAUGUGGUACAAGCGCAACGAGCAACACUACCGGGUCGCGCUGUUCUUCAGCGCCGCCUCGCUGGCGGGCGCCUUCGGGGGGAUUCUCGCCUGGGGAAUCGCCCACAUGCGCGGCGUAGGAGGCUACAACGGCUGGCGAUGGAUCUUCAUCCUCGAAGGCCUCCUCACCAUCCUAACGUCCCUGGCCGCCUACUUCUGGGUCUUCAACUACCCGUCGAGUGCCGAGUUCCUCACCGACCAGGAACGGAGCUACAUCCAGCACCGGCUCAAGCACGACAGCGAUGCCACGCGCCACGAGACCUUCAACUGGAACGCCGUGGGCCACGCCUUCCGCGACCCGAAAGUGUGGUUAUACGGACUCGCCUUCCACACCUUGUCGCUGCCGCUGUACACGCUGUCUUUGUUUAUGCCAACCAUAAUCCAAACCCUAGGGUACACCGCCGCGCAGGCCCAACUCCUGACCGUCCCGCCCUACGCCGUCGCCUUCUGCUUGACAGUCACAACCGCCAUCGUCAGCGAGCGCACGCGCCGCCGCGCCCCCUUCAUUCUGGGGAGCACAGCCCUCGCGUGCCUGGGCUACAUCCUCCUGCUGACAGACCCCCGCCCCGGCGUGUCCUACGUGGGGACCAUCUUCGCCGCGGCGGGCAUCUACCCGGCCGUGGCGAUCGUGUUGGCCUGGCCGGCUAAUAAUGUCUCGGGCCAGACGAAGCGCGCCAUCGCGAACGCGCUGCAGAUCUCCAUCGGAAACCUCGGGGCCGUGCUGGGCACGCAGCUGUAUCGGACGGAGACGAAACCGAGGUAUUUUUUGGGGCAUGGGUUUGCGCUCGGGUAUCUGGUGGGGAAUUUGGGGGUGGUCGCGGGGUUGUGGUGGGUUUUGAGGCGGGAGAAUUUGCGGAAGGAGGGGGUGAGGGGGCAGGGCGCCAGUGGUGGAGGUGGAGGUGGGGGUACAGAUGGGUUCGAGGGGGAGGAGUUUCGCGGGGAUGAGGAUCCGAGGUGGGUGUUUCAGACUUGA